AUGAAAAAAACAACUAGUCAAAACAACAAGAGCAAACAGCCCUUCAACCCCAAGGACUAUGAGAGGCCUGGAAUCUCUUCCGAAGAGGUCCUCGAGAUCAGAGAGGCCUUCGACCUCUUCGAUUAUGAAGCCACCGGAUUCAUCGAUCCCAAAGCGCGUCUGUCCAACAAGGACUCAAAGGACAACCUGAAGCGGGUUUUCGCUCUUUUCGAUGAUGAGAAAUCUGGCUUUAUUUCGAUAAAAAACUUGCGAAGAGUGGUCAAGGAGGUCGGCGAGAACAUCGAUGAUUCUGAACUUCAGGAGAUGAUCGAGCGAGCUGAUUUGGACAAUGACGGCCUCAUAAGCGAAGAAUAG